GCAGCGCACGAGCGCCUUUCAGCACCGGGAGCUGUCCGCCCUGCACGAGCCUGUCCGCGGGGAGAGGCGACGCUCACAUGAGCUGCAGGUGAGGAUGGCCAGAGUUAAGCAGGUGGGCCUGUUGGCCGCAGGAUGUCAGCCGUGGAACAAAGACGUGUGCGCUGCCAGCGGAGACCGAUUUGCCUACUGUGCUACUCUGGCUAUAUACAUCUACCAGUUGGACCAGCAGUACAAUGAGUUUAAGCUGAGCUCCAUCAUGUCAGAGCAUAAGAAGACCAUCACGGCCUUCAGCUGGAGUCCAGAUCACUGUGACCUGUUCGUUUCCGCCUCCGCAGACAACCUGCUCAUCGUGUGGAACGUGGCUGAGAAGAAAGCCGUGGCCCGACUGGACAACACCAAAGGCGUUCCGGUGUCGGUCAGCUGGUGCUGGAACUCGGCCGAUGGCGUGGCCUUCGUGUCCCAGCGGGGUCCGCUGUAUCUGUGGGCGUUCCGCGGCCCGGACCCCGGCGUCACCGUGCACAAGGAGGCCCACUCCUUCCUGUCAGACAUCUGCCUGUUCAGGUGGCAUCCCACCAAGAAGGGGAAGCUGGUGUUCGGACACACGGACGGAAGCCUGUCCGUCUUCCAGCCGGGCAGUAAGAGUCAGAAACACGUGCUGCGCCCCGAGUCGUUGGAGGGGACGGAUGAAGAAGACCCCAUCAGCGCUCUGGAGUGGGACCCUCUAUCAACAGACUACCUGCUGGUGUCUAACCUCCAUAACGGGAUCCGGCUGGUGGACAGCGAAGCGCUGGCUUGUAUCACGUCCUUCUGCUUCCCCUCCGCUGCAGCUUCAGUCCAGUGUUUGGCCUGGGUCCCUUCAGCACCGGGCAUGUUCAUCACCGGAGACUCACAAGUCGGGGUUUUGAGGGUUUGGAACGUGUCUCGCUCGACUCCGUUGGACAGUUUCAAAUUGAAGAAAACGGGGUUUCACGCUCUGCACGUCCUCAACUCACCUCUCGCCAAGAAAGCACAGACUUCCAUCUCUCCCAGUAAAAGCCAACACACCAGCUCCACCAGCGAGGCCGUCCCUCCUCCAACGCUGUCCCAGAACCGCUCCUUCUCCCUGCCGCCGGGCCACGCCGUCUGCUGCUUCAUGGACGGGGGCGUCGGCCUCUACGACAUGGGCGCCAAGAAGUGGGACUUCCUGCGAGACCUGGGUCAUGUAGAAACCAUUUUUGACUGUAAAUUUAAGCCGGAUGAUCCAAACUUGCUCGCCACGGCCAGCUUUGAUGGCACGAUCAAAAUCUGGGACACCAACACACUCACAGCUGUUUACACAUCGCCCGGCAACGAGGGAGUGGUUUAUUCUUUGUCCUGGGCUCCAGGAGAUCUGAACUGUAUCGCCGGGGCGACGUCUCGGAACGGAGCGUUUAUCUGGGAUGUGAGGAAGGGGAAAAUCAUCACCCGCUUUAACGAGCACGGUAAGAACGGGAUCUUCUGCAUCUCCUGGAGCCACAAGGACUCCAAGAGGAUCGCCACCUGCAGUGGAGAUGGAUUCUGCAUCAUCCGAACCAUCGAUGGUAAAAUCCUCCACAAGUACAAACACCCUGCCGCUGUGUUCGGGUGCGACUGGAGCCAAAACAACAAGGACAUGAUUGCCACCGGCUGUGAGGAUAAGAACGUGCGGGUCUACUACCUGGCCACCAGCUCGGACCAGCCUCUGAAGGUCUUCACCGGACACCUGGCCAAAGUAUUCCAUGUCCGCUGGUCUCCGCUCAGAGAGGGAAUCCUGUGCUCCGGGUCCGACGACGGAACUGUCCGUAUCUGGGACUACACGCAGGAUGCCUGUAUCAACGUGCUGAGUGGUCACACAGCUCCUGUCAGAGGUCUGAUGUGGAACACAGAGGUCCCGUAUCUACUCAUCUCAGGUUCUUGGGACUAUACGAUCCGUGUGUGGGACACCAGAGACGGCACAUGUUUGGACACAGUGUUCGACCACGGAGCCGACGUUUACGGUCUGACGUGCCACCCUCAGCGUCCGUUCACCAUGGCGAGCUGCAGCAGAGACAGCACGGUGCGUUUGUGGUCUCUGACGCCGCUCAUCUCGCCACUGCUGCUCAACGUGCUGACGGAGCAGCCGUGGGAGAAGGUCAUCGGGAACACAGACAUGGCGAUGGUUCCCGGCUCGCCGCCGCUGCUCUGUGGGAAAGUUUCCCGAGACGUGAAGCAGGAGCUGGACAAGCUGAGUCUGGACGUCCGCGGGAAGAAGCUGCGCUGGUUCUCCGAGUGCUUCUCACCUCCAGGCGGCAGCAGUAAUCUGUGGGAUUUGGUUUCCGUGAUUAACGGUCAGGACGACUCGCUGCUGCCCAACAGCUACAGCAAAGGAGUGAUGCAUAUGAAGCACCUGCUCAAGUUCAAGACUUCUGAAGCUCAGGAGCUGACCAUCGUCAAGAUGUCCAAGUUUGGAGGGGGAAUCGGAGCGCCGAGCAAAGAGGAGCAGCUGAAGGAAGCAGCAGAUAUUCACCUGAGACUGGGACAGAUCCAGCGCUACUGUGAGCUGAUGGUGGAGCUGGGGCAGUGGGAGAAGGCUCUGUCUGUGGCUCCUGGAGUCUCCAUGAAAUACUGGAAGAAACUCAUGCAGAGGAGAGCUGACCAGCUCAUGGCGGAGGACAAUGACGAUGCCAUCCCUUACUGCGUUGCCACCGGAGACAUUAAGAAGCUGGUGGCGUUCUUCACAGGGCGGGGUCAGCUGCUGGAGGCGGUGCUGAUCGCUCAGGGAGCGGUUGAAGGCAACAUUCGUGCUCCUCUGACCUCCUCCGUCAACCACACGAUGAACGACGUGGACAACAGACAACAGUACCAAAGCCUCCUGCGGUCGGUCUGUAAGGAGCUGGCUGAGUGGUACUUUCAGGAUGGAUGUUCAGUUCUGGCGGCGUGCUGCCACCUCGCCGUGGACGAUGUGCAGCUCGCCAUGUCCAGUCUGAUCCGAGGGAACGAGCUGGAGCUGGCCGCCUGUGUGGGCAUCGUCCUCGGUGAAGCAGCCAAUCAGAGCACGGCUUACUGCUUGGAACUGCUGGCCCGGAAAUACAUGACGACGGCAACGUGGGAGCUGUCAGCCAACCUGCUGCAGAUGAUUCCUGAUAAUCAUGUUUUGUUGGCCAAGCUGUGUGCGUUUUAUCCAGGAAGUGCUGCUGAAGUCAACCAGCUGCACCAGCGGUGUGAGCUUCCCUCUCUGGAGGACUGUGGUUCUUUAGCUGAAGCGGCUCUCAGCGACGGUGAUCUGUUUGCUGCCGUGAAGUUCCACCUGCUGAGCUCUAAGCCGGAACACGCUCUGCACAUCGGGAUCCAGCAUGUCAAAGAGCAGCUGGCUGGUUCUGAUUGGACGGUAGACGGCGUUCACCAAAUCCUUGACCUGAUGAGCUACAUCCGAACUGACCGGCUCACCACCGCCUCCUUCACAGAAGUCCGCAGUGAGCUCUUGAUCCUGUGCGGUUACAUCGGAGGGCUGCUGGCCAUCAGAAGACAAUACUCCAGCAUCGUGCCUGCGCUCUAUGAAUACACGAGUCAGUUGCUGAAGAGGCGGGAGGUGUCCGUUCCUCUGAAGAUCGAGCAGCUCUCUGUGGAGCUGGAUGCCUGGAGGGCGUGCACGCAGACCAGCAACAUACCUCCAUCAGACAGUCAGAGAGAUGAGUUCAGCCGCCUGCAGAAGAGAAUCCAGCCAACAAAUGAUGUGUUUGUUCUCCACGGCGUCGACUACGUAACCGGCUCCAACCUGCCAAGUCACUCUGAUCUGCAGCUGUCCUGCUUCACCGGGCAAAGGAUACAGGGUCCAGUGUUCCUGCUGGAGGACAGUAAAUCUGCCAUCUCUCUCAACGAUGCACUAAUGUGGGCUAAAGUCAACCCCUUCUCGCCUCUGGGAACGGGACUCCGCAUCAACCCCUUCUAACCCGGGAGGAAGACGGCUGUGCGUUGUCUUCACUCCAAACCUCUGUGGCCAUCUGAGUUUCCCACCAUAGCUUUUGUAGCUUUUGAUAUUGGCUUAGCGUAGCGUGUUACGUGAUGAGAAUGUAGCUAACAAAUUCAUUCGUCAUCAUGAAAGGUGGGACACCUGCUGAGUUUCUCAAAGUAUGAGCAUGUAUAUACACACAGGAAACAAACUGUAAAAAAAAACAAAAAAAACAAACUCGGAAAUAAAAUUUAAAAAAAUCUACAGCAUACCCAGGUGAGACUCCACUCUUUUAAGAUCAUAGAAAUA